CUGGACCACCUGCUGUAAGUAUGAGCCUUAAGUACAAGGACGAAAAUGUAACUCGUUCUCAUGAACUGUUGAGCUUAGAAAAUGAAGUUCUUGGAAGAGCUUCACAAUCCUCAUUUCAGAGAUGGGCCUUCACGAGGAAUGCCUUCGCCCGGCCGUGGAUUUUCCAUGAAUUUGACGUUUGA